GAAGCUAAAAGUGAUAACGCACUUGAUGCUGAUUGUUGGCUGGUGCUGUCGCUGUUAAUCAAAAGGUUAUUUAGAAGAGGAGUUAGGGGAAAAUUACCUUGUUGCAGUUGGUGUCAUAGUGGUUUUAGUUCACAAUAUUAUGCUGAGUUGAGUAUGUGA